AUGUGGGGCAAUCUCGGCAUCUUCUGUCAACAUGCCUAUGCGCAUUCGACGGAGGAGGGUGCCAAAGCUCUCCCAGGUAUUCUUAAAGGUGCGGACAUGGCCGUCUACUCUGUUUUCCAAGCACUUGGCCUAGACAUCUCCGUGCGUCCCAUCUACGAUCUCAAGCACAAUCACAUGUUCGACGACUACGAUCCGGAUAAACCUGAUAGCUGGAGUGACGAUGGCGAGGUUGAGACGGAGGACGAGGACGAGGAUAACGUCGAGAAGAGCUUUGUGGGCAACUCCUGUGGGGAAAUCAUAUUCACACCGGUCGGCUACGACGCAUUGCGUCAAGAGAUCCUCGAUGAGGCUGACGCGCAUUGGCUUAAGAUUAAGUGGCUGACGAAGCCAGCGUCCAGGGAUAUCAGUUUCGUGCAUGUAACCGUAAGUACGAGCUGCCCUCCAAGCGGUCUACUGGUAGCUAACGCCCGAUUCAGUAUGGAAAUGACGCUGGCAUUAAUGCGUUGUACACGCAUGCCGCUCUAG